UCGACAGGGACGGGAUAGAUGAGGGCUGUGUGUCCCUGAGUGUGUGUCCGACGCCGCAGCCUCGGCCAGAGGUAUCCUGAGAUGAGCCUCGCCUGGCGGGCGCUCCGCGCCUUGCGGCUCCGGCUCUUGGGCCCCGCCAAGGAGCUGGUGGGCACCGACCAGUUCGGCAACAAAUAUUACCGGGUGCCCAAGCACGAGACCCGCGCAGGGCGGAUUAUACCAGAAAGAAGAUUUGUAGAAGCAGUAAAUCGUGAAGCAUAUCAGUAUCAAACGGGUGACUUUCCAACAGAAUGGGAAGCAUGGAUAAGAAGAAAAAGAAAGGAUCCACCCACCAUUGAGGAGAUUCUUAGGAAUGAAAAUUAUAGAGAAGAAAUGAAACAGAAAAUAAAAGAUGUAUCUGAAAAGGAUAAGCUGCUUCAGUCCAAGGAAUACAAGGAGGGACUUGUUGCUGAACCAGGUCAUACUCAGGUUAAAGGUCAUGCAUCUGCCCCUUACUAUGGAAAGGAGGAGCCUUCGGAAGAUCCUACAAGCACUGCAAAUACCUUCCAGCCUGGUGCCUGGAUGCCACCAGGCAGUGGUAGUAGUCAAAAUAAAUGAACAAUUGUAUUGUACAGAUAUUGCUCAUGGAUAAAUGUUUUAACAGACAGUAUAAAGAGCUUUACAUGAAAGUGUGCAAUGAAGUGGUAUUAAAGCAGUUUAAUUUACCUUUGCAGAACUAUUCAAAUGGGUUUAAUCAGGAAAAACUGAUGUAAAAUGUUUGGGUUUAGUGAAAAACAAGAUGUGUUACUAAGUUUGGUUUUGACAGUUGCUGUUCAUCAUUUAGUCUUGAAUUCAGUUAGAAUGUUGUCUAACUUAAUUUCCCUAAAUAAGUCUAAAUUGUUUUUUCCUUGAAUACUAAUUUAUUUUUAAAAUUGUUUCUGAUGUAAUGGUUGGUACGCUUACAUUUUCCCAAACCUUGGCCAAGAUACCUCUUUACAAUAACUCCCUUGUCAGUGCCAGUCUGCUCUCCACUGGCAAGCAGAUGGAAAAGCUGAUUUCAUUGACAGGAAUCACUAUGACACAACACUGAUUACACACUGUAUUCAUCAUAGAGACGUUCUUGUAACUUGAAGAAAACAGUCAACAUAUCUGAAUGUUUGAUUUUAAGCCAGCAAUUUGCACAGGAUAAAAUCAGUUAAACUACAUAUAGCUGCUAUAAUAGAGGCUGGAAGUACUUUAUAAAGCUGCUGCAAAAUAAUACGAGGUUUGGGACAAGGGACUGUCAUGAAUAUUUAAAGAAAAAAAAUAAAAUUAGUUUUUAUUUCUGGUAUAUCCAUGGACUUCCCUGAACGAUUAGAUCAUUUUGGCCACAGUUUAGAUACAUAAAAUGUAUGGAUUAUUUGCUUAGAGAGGAUGUUUGAGAACUUCGAAUAAAGACCACACAAUUUUUUUU